UGUACUUGUGGAAAGAUGUGAUCCUAUAAAAAAAAAAAAAUCUAGGAUGUGACAUCUUUUUAUAGUAGUAUGGUCUAGGGCCUGCUGCCCGAGGUGCUCGUCUCUUAUCUUGAUCAAUGAUCGUCUUUGUCCUAUUAAAGGAGUAAUUGAGCUAAUUUGAGAGAACAGUGGUCCUAUUGCUCGAGGUGCUCGUGAUCGUAAUGCCACUAGCUUAUGCACUUGAAGAUGUGUUCGAGCAAUAACUUGGAAUUUCCAUGCAUUGUAGAGCAAACCCAGUUCUUACAUACACCUGUCACUAAUUAUGUGCCAACUUCUUUGACAUGGUAGAAUGCACCUCGUGCCCCAGCACUUGCCAAUGGUCCAGAUAGUGUACAUGGAGUCUUCAAUGCUGUUAGAGGUUACUUUAAGCGUUAGGGAGGAGCAAGAUGGAGCUCCGUGGGGUGGAAAUAAUACUUUAGAUCACAUUAAGAGAGUGAGAACACUUAUUUUUAAAGGAAAACCAAAUGCAAUCUUCGUUGAAUGUUGGAUCCGUCAAGUGGAGAAGACAUUUGAAGUUAUCAAAUGUAGUGAAAAUCUAAAGGUGUCUUUUGCUUCUUUCAUUUUGGAAGGGAAGGCAAAUACUUGAUAGACCUCAAAAAGGAGGAUGUUGGAGGCAGGAGACAAUGAGGUGACUUGAGAACAGUUUAAGGAUGCAUUCUAUGAGUAAUUUUUUCCUGAUUCAGUUCGUUUUGAGAAGCAACAAGAGUUCCUUAGCAUCCACCAAGAAAGUAGGAUCGUGAUGGAAUACGAUCAUUAUUUCACUAAGCUGGCCCAUUUCUCUCCACAUAAUGUGUUUAAUGAAUAUCAAGGAGUUCGUCACUUUGAAAGGGGACUUCGUCCAUCAAUUAGAAAGUCCGUUGUUGUAUUGAUUUUACCAACAUAUGCUAAAGUACUAAAUCGAGCUUUGAUGGUGGAAAAAUUAGAUAAUGAAGUGCAAUAAGUAAAGGAUUAAAAGGACCUUUUAGUAUUGUAUCAUCUACGUAUGAGGGAUCACAUUCGGGACCCUCAAAGCAUCAAUAGGCAGGAGCUCCCGGUAAUUAAGUCAUCAUAAUAUGUUAUUUCUUUAUGAAGACUAAUCAAGUUUCCACCUCAUGCCCCAUGGGAUAGUGUAUAUGCUUUUAUUAUCAACAACCAAGGUACAUGUUGAAGGACGGCCUAUGGAAGCAACAUCAACGUCGAGCUCCACCCGAAACAGUUAAACUACAACAGCCAGGAUCUAGAGAGGGAGGUUAGGCGAGGGUUUAUGCAUUGACCUAACAAGAUGCUGAAGCUUCGGGAUUUAUUAUUAAAGAAAAAUGAGUGUGGAGAAGCAGAAGAAGUUCCUCACAGUUGCACCUUUCAAGUGUGUCUGGCGUGAGGAGCUGAGGUUUAAAGAGGCUGGGCGUGGUUGUGUUGCCUUUGAAGCUUUUGCUCAAAAUGAUGUGACUUUGGUGUUCAGGGAGCAAGUGGGGAGCCAACACUAUCAUUACAAAAUGGAUAACAAUCCCAACUAUACCAUCAUUUUCGGUAGUCAUAGAAAUCGAAGGCUAAAGAUCGAAGCAAGUGGGAAGACUGUUGUAGACGUUGCUGGAGUGGGGUUAUGUUCAUCAGCAUUUCAGAGCUAUUGGAUUAGCAUAUAUGAUGGGUUGAUUAGCAUUGGCAAAGGGAAGUAUCCUUUUCAGAACCUUGUCUUUGAAUGGCAUGAUUCAGAGCCUAAUUUUAAUGUGCAGUAUAUUGGUCUAAGCAGCUGGGAUAAGCAUGUUGGAUACAGAAAUAUCAGUAUCUUGCACAUGCCAUCACAUCACAAUGCCCUUUGGAGCCACAUAGACUAUAAAGAUUAUGAAGGAGAGGAUGAUGAGGAUGAUGGGCUGGAGAAUGUGAAUGACAAUUUAGGAAAGUGGGGGCUUCUUAAUUUUUUGGAGAACUGGGAUCUAGCUGAUGUCUUAUUUGAAGUUGGUACAGAAAGAAAGGUUAUUCCUGCACACAAGGUGAUUUUGAGUUCUACUGGUGAUUUCUCCUUGGGAUCAACUGAUGAAAAUGUUAUAGAACUACCUUCAACAUCAUAUCCUGUUCUCCAUGCCUUUUUGGAAUUCAUAUAUAUUGGCCGGACUCAAAUUGUAGAAUGGCAACUUGGCCCACUUCAGGAGUUGGGCUUACAAUUUAAAGUUAUAGCAUUGGUUAACCAGUGCGAAGAAAUUAUGGAUCGUUUUAGGAAGAACAAAAAAUUGUUUGAUUCUGGUAAGAAAGUUGAAAUUAUCAAUCUGAGCUCCCAAGUUCGGCAAUUUGGUAUCUUUCCUUGCGAAGUUCGUCUUGACGUGGGAAAGCUGAAGCAUUUUCUUGCUACUGGUGAGCAUAGUGAUAUAAAGAUACAUAUUGAAGAUCAUGGCCUUGUCGUGCAGUCGCACAAGCUCAUUCUUAGUCUAUGGAGUGCACCAUUUGCAAAGAUGUUUACGAAUGGGAUGGUUGAAAGCAGUUCUUCAGACAUAUAUUUAAAGGAUGUUCCUGCAGAAGCAUUUUGGGUUAUGAUACAGUUUAUGUACAGCGGAGUACUUGAAAUGGACAUCACAGAAAUGGGUCCUAUACUAAUUCCACUUCUUCUACUUGCUGACCAAUUUGGCGUUUUUUAUCUUCAGCGAGAAUGCUGCAAACGAGUUAUGGAAUGUCUUUCAGAGGAUAUAGUGUGUACCAUUUUACAAGCAGUUUCAUCAAUCCAAUCAUAUAAACUCCUUGAAGAAACAUGCAAGAGGAACUUUGCAAUGCACUUCGAUUAUUGUACAACUGCCAGCACUGAGUUUGUGUUGUUAGAUGAGGCGACCUUUAGGGAGAUUCUUCUGCAUGCUGAUAUGACUGUAACCUCAGAGGAGAAGGUUUUGGAUGCAAUAUUACUAUGGUGCAUGCAAGCCUGUAAAGUCUUUGGUUGGGCUACAGUGGAUGAUCUCCUUAUUUCUUCAACACCUGAACAAAUUUUUGGAGAGAGGUUUCAAUCAAUUUUCUUGCUGCUACCAUUUGUGCGAUUUCCAUUAAUGCCAUUAUUUUUGCUUGAGAAGCUAGAAGACAGCAGGCUUAGCAACCAGAUUCCCAUGUUUGGAGACUUGGUGAAGGAAGCCAUUCAAUAUUCUGGUGGAAUCAAGAUGCCAGAAGUCAGUCAGAAUAUAAGAUUUCAGCACAGACAUUCUAGUUACAAGGAGCUCCAAUACAUAUGUGAUGGUGACAAAAAUGGAGUAAUAUAUUUUGCUGGGACAUCAUAUGGGGAACAUGCAUGGGUAAAUCCUGUUCUAUCCAAGAAAAUCACUCUGACAGCCAGCAGCCCUGCUUCUAGGUACACAGACUCAAAGGCACUGGUAUCAAGGACAUACCAGGCCACCUCCUUUGCUGGACCCCGGAUUGAAGAUGGCCAUAGUUCUGCAUGGUGGAUGGUUGACAUUGGACAUGAUCACCAGCUGAUGUGCAAUUAUUACACCUUGAGGCAGGAUGGCUCCUCAACAUACAUAAGAUCCUGGGCUUUUCAGGGAUCUGUGGAUGGCAAAAAUUGGACUAAUCUGAGAGUUCACAACGAUGACCAGACAAUUUGUAGGUCUGGCCAGUUCGCAUCAUGGCCUGUAAUUGGUCCUAUGGCGCUGCUUCCGUUUAGGAUUUUCCGAGUCAUUUUGACUGGUCCAGCAUCAGGUGAUGCCAACGUUUGGAACCUUUGUAUCUGCUUCAUUGAGCUCUAUGGCUACUUUAUCUAACUGAAGUGGAUUCCAGUGGCAAAAGCCAUUUUGUUGCUUGAUCAUACGAAGUCCAUCUGUGGUUGUACAUACAAACAGAACAGAAGAUGGAGAUGUUGGCUGCCUGAUAUGCUUAUCAGCUAUGUCAAAUUUUGUGUCAACUAAUUUGCUUAUCUUUCUGGAUGAUGUACGAUGGAAAUUUUUGCUCGGUUUAUGAUCUGUAAUUCCUCCAUGUCCAGUAAACCGAUGUUCCUGAUGGGACUACAUGAUACUAAUAUAUUGUAUGACUAAUGUACCUGUAUCACAAAUGUAGUAGCUUUUAUUAAUUUGAUUAUUAGUAUUUUACAUGAAAUAAUUACUGUGUUUAUGAUA